AUGUCGAAUACGAAUAAUAGAGGACACUUCUACAGAGUCCCGAGUGACAAACUCACCUGGUACCAGAAAGCAUUCGAAGCAGGCGUUGUGAACAAAAGUUUGCGACAGUGGAAAGACUUGAGAUCUGGGUCUAAAGUGACCCAACCCCAAUAUCUUUUGUUUAGAACCAUUUUUCCGUCGUGUGGAAUAAAUGAGUUCGAUCCUGAUGUUUUCGGCCUGACCGAGAAGGUCAAAACGGCAGAGGAAAUUCUCGAUCAUUCGGAAGACUUUUGCAGCUAUAUUGCAGCCAUAGAAGAAAAUCACUUUUUCGCACAAGGACAGUUUGCUCCCUUGCGAGAACAGCAAUCGGAGAUUCUCGCGAAACCAAUAUUAGAACCAGAAAUGAUUCAAGGACCUACCACCACUGACGAGGCUCCUGUGAACUCCACCCUGAUCAACUUCCUUAAAGCCCUCUUAAGUGUGGUCGACAAUCACGACGCUUGUCAGCCAGCAUCAAUGAUCCGUGGAGAGCUUGAAAUUAUCCUUACUGCCAUGAAAACCCGAGCCGCUCAGCUCAAAGACAAUGAUGAUACGGACGACGAGGAUGACGAACAAAACGAGGACGAUGAAGAUAGUGGUGAGGAUGAGGAUGAAGAUGGAGGCGACGGAGUGAAGAAAAGAGAAGAACCAGAACAAGAGGUUGAGGAAUCGAAACUUCAAUUUCCGAAUGAACGAAGAUUUCCAACAUUCGUUAUGAAGUUCUCGCAGCUUGCAGCACGCCUUCUCGGCGGCUCUGCUGGCUUUCACCAGGUUGCCCGAGAUGCUUCGCAUGAUCUGGUAGAAAGAGGUGUGGUAGGCACUCCGUAUGUCGUGAUCCAAACAGUGACAAACUGGGUGUGCACUACCUACACAUCUACUAUCACGGGACGGGCAUCGGCGACAACUUCGCCUGGAGUCCCUACUCCGAUUGUUACUGUUUUCCCAUCUCCGGGCACUUACACCAUCCCAGCUUCCACUGUGACAGUUACAGCCCCAACAACCGUCUGUGCUGCUCAAACCACCUCGUUGGCUCCAGGCCCCAACACAGUCGGGGGUGCCACCACUGUCGUUACUGGCCCUACAACAAUCACUGUCCCCUAUGCCAGUGUUGUAACAACAGAAGGCACUGUAACCACUACGAUCGUUUCCACUGUCUACACCUGCCCAGCAGCUGGCACUUACACAAUUGGCGCAACAACCAUCACUGUGCCUGAGACAACAGUCUACGUUUACCCGACGUCGACUUGCUACUACCCAGGCACCUACACACACCCAGAGGAGACUGUCACAAUUACCAAGACUUCUGAUGUCUACGUCUGCCCUUAUACCACUUCGACACCUUCGUCCGUGUCAGCCCCCGUGACAACCACGACGUCAAGCGCCUUGACAACCUCUACAAGCCCUACAUCGGUUUCUCAGUCUACAACAUCCAGUACCAGCACUAGCUCUCAGAGCUCAACAUCCCCAUCUUCAGUGUCCUACUCUUCUGUAGCCAGCAGCUCAUCUCCACACAAGUCAUCCUCCGUGCUUGUGACUUCUUCUAGCAGAACCAAGAUAUGCUCUAGCUCACAUUCGAAGUCCGCUACUCCAAGCUCUAGCGUCAGAGUUUUGACCCCCAGCUCAUCAGUGCCAGCGACAACUAGUACUAAGCCUAGCUCAAGCAUGCCGUCUUCCAAGCCUGUCACUUCCUCCAGUGUAACUAAAUCAUGCUCUCGGUCUCAUUCGAAAUCUGCUACCCAAAGCUCCAGCGUUAGAGUUUCAACCCCUAGUUCUAGCGUGGUGCGAAGCUCUGGCGCUAUUCACAGCUCGAGUGUCAUCCCUAGCUCCAGUGUCAACCCCAGCUCGAGUGUCGUUCCCAGCUCAAGUGUUGUGCGCAGCUCGAGUGUCAUCCCCAGCUCCAGUGUCAUCCCCAGCUCCAGUGUCGUUCCCAGCUCCAGUGUCAUCCCCAGCUCCAGUGUCGUUCCCAGCUCCAGUGUCAUCCCCAGCUCGAGUGUUGUGCGCAGCUCAAGUGUCGUUCCCAGCUCGAGUGUUGUCCCCAGCUCAACUGUUGUGCCAAGUUCCAGUAUUGUACCAAGUUCUAGCGCUAUCCCCAGCUCAAGGGUUGUCCCUAGUUCUACUGUUGCCUCCAGCUCCAGCGUGAAAAGCCCCACUCCCACACCCAGCUCCUCAAUCCCUAUGACAAGCAGUGUGUCCACAACAACCCCAUGUUCCACAUCUACCACCACAGCCCCUAUCGCAACUGGCUCAUCUUGCGCAGGCGGCACUGCUUACGGAUACGCAACAAGCAGCGGCAGCACAGAUACCACCUUUACAUCCCUGAAGAUAGGCAACAACUGGGGUUGGGUAAUCGCCGGACCCCUCCCCAUCACCGGCAAUCUUUAUCUUGGCGCCGGUAACAACGACAUCUCCAAGUCGACGUUAGUGGGAACAUUCUUGAUCACCAAGAAUGCAAACUUCUUCGCUGUCACCUACACGCUCACGAACCCAGGCCACACUCUUCAGGAAGUUCAUUUCUAUUAUGGCGCCACAUACCCGAAUCAUGUCGCGCCAGGACAGUUCCCCUUCGUUCAUAGUUUCUCGGGUUCCCAAACGACGUACACUUUCUAUGUCCCAUAUCAUGCGGAGGAUGAUACAUUUAUCGUGCACGCGGCAAUCGGCGGUGGUUGCGAGGGUGAUGAAUAG